ACCGCACCCGAAGUCCUAACGCUGCGCGCGCCGGGUGUUAUUUUUCACGCCGGUGGGCGACAUCGUGGCUCCCCUGUCGGCGGGCCAAUCACAGGGGAGGUCACUAAUAUGCAAAUGCGGCGUUAUCACAGUCACGUCAGCAGCAGCAGCAGCAGCAGCGGUGGACGGAGCCGCUGCGCCGCGGUCGCCAGCAGGAGCACAAGUAACAACACAGUCACAACUUCGCCGAUAACGCCGUCCCCGCGUUGACGCCCGGCGCCGCGGUGCCCGCUUCGUUUCAGGGACACAAUUUAACAUGCUGUAGAAAGUGAGGCUCAGUGGGACCAGCUUGGAUCCAGUGGUGUUCCAAAGGUUCCAGUCACCCUCCGGGCUCCACCAUGGACUUCUUUGAUGAUCCCAGCCUCUUUGUUGGAGGCUUGGAAGGGCUGGACGAGGAUGGGUUUUCCUCAGCACCAUCACUUGUGGAUGAGCUGAACCUCAGUGCUGACUUUGAGCCCCUCCAAGUGGAGCCUCUGGGCCCAGGGAAGCACCAGGACGCAAUGCCACCAGUUUCUACCCAACAAGUCAUGCCCACUUACAGUCAACCGAUGGGUCACUACAUUGGCGUUAAGGCGCAGAAUAUUGCAGGGCAGGCCUUUCCUGGUCACGGGGGCACAGUUGGUGGUGGUGCUGGCGGCAUAAUGCCAGAGCAACAUGGCCAGUAUCACACUGCCGCCAUGAGCCAAGUGCCUCAAUCCAAUGGGCUGUUCUGUAACAGCAGCAGUCCAAUGUGGGGCAACCAAGACCAGAAUGGCAAUAUGUACCACCAGAUAUCUCAACAGCAGCCACAUCAGCAACAACAGCUUUGUCAUCAGCAGCAGCAACUGCACAACCAGCAACUUAAUGUCCAACAACAACAUGUACGACUGCAGCAACACCACCCCUGUCAUCAACAACAACAGGAGCAGCAGCACAGAUUGCGGCAGCAGCAGCUGCAACAACAGCAAAGUCAUCAGCAACAGCUGUUAAGCCAGCGCCAGCCCCAACAAAUUACCACGCAGACUAUGCCCCUGCCGCAACCGCAGCAUCACAAUUUCUCUUUCCACAGGGGGAGUCAGUCUCAGGGCCAACAGCAAGUUCUCCAUAGUCACCGGGGGGUUCAGCACCAACUAACUGUCGGAGGACCGCGGUUCCAGCCAAGGGCCCUGCCAAGCAAGCCUUACUUGGAUAGUCAGAAUGCUUCUCUGAGUGCGACUUGCUUACAACAACAACAGCAGCAGCACGGUAGCUACCAUUUGACCUCAGGAGGCCAAGCCUUCUCUGGACCGGGGCUGGAAGACCCUAUACUGCCUUUCCCCAUGAAUUCAUCAUCGAUGGUUCACUCCCUGCCCACGUGCUCAGUCAGUUCUGCAACUGCUUACCAACCAGCCCAGUACCCCGCUUACCCCGGAGAGCCCGAAAUACCCGGCCUCAAUCAGCAUUCUUUGUCCUCGGCCUCAGUAUCUGGGCCCACACCCACCGCCGCUGUACCCCUCAUUUCCGCAGUGCCUGAGCUAUCAGGGACAGUAUGUCAGUUUCCAUCCACAGGAGUUAUGGCUCAACCGCACACUGGGAUCCCGGUUAGCCAGGCAGAGGAAUGUCCUUUCCGGGCCCUACGCUGUUCUGGAGAAAGCCAGGGAAACAGUGGGUCAUCUGAGAUGUUUGGCGAAUCCAUGAGCUGCUACCCCAUCAUGGCCAGCCAGCUGCCCUCUGAACAGCCCCAGAGCUGCGGGGCCAUCGACACCAAUGGAUACCGGGCCUUGGGAGAUAGUCUCCUGACAACGGAGGCUCAGGAUGGAGAUUUAGAGGAACUGGAGCCUCCCGACCUCUUGCCUGACCUACUGCCCCAGCUAGAGGCUGCUCUCAGCCAGCAGGAUGAAUCCAGCUGUUCCUGGUCCAAUUCCAGCUUGGGGAGGGGGCAUGAGCACAGGAAACAACCACCUGUUGAGUACAAGAUAGAGAAGCCCCGAAAGAACUCCAAUGGUCCUGGUAGCCAGAUACGGGUCCUCAGUCCCCCAGUGAAGAGCAGCUCUUCGUCUUCCUCCUCUUCCUCAUCAUCUUCAUCCUCAUCAAGCUCCUCGUCUGAGAAAAGGACGCCGCGGAGGACGCACCAACAGAUGGAGUCAGCUCAACCGGACAAGCAGGAAAAGGCCAAUCGGAUAAUAUCAGAGGCUAUUGCAAAGGCCCGGCAGCGUGGGGAGAAGAACAUCCCCCGAGUUAUGAGCCCGGAGAGCUUCCCCAGCUCUUCGUCACAGCACAAGAGCCACCGUGACCGCGAGCACAAAGGAAACGGCAAGGCACGGUCCAAAGAGAAGGCUUGUAGGAAGGCCUGCAUUGUACCCUCCUCCAAGCCCAAGCAGAGGGCCAAGAUUGGGAAAAUUGUCAUCAAGAUUGGAAAGAAGAAAAAGCGAAAGCCUGAGUCUUCAGAGGAGGAGUCGGACGAUGACCCUCCCCCUCGACACACUUCGAAAAAUGACUCUAAGAGGAGAUCUAAUCGCCAGGUGAAGAAAAAGAAGUACGCCGAGGAGCUGGAGGCCAGGUUGUCAGAUGAAGAAGUCAAGGUUAUUGUCAAGGCCAAGAAAAGCAACACUGCAGCAUCCAAGGAGCCUGCUCUUCAACUCUUUGUAGAGAAUCCCAGUGAAGAGGAUGCUGCUGUUGUUGACAAAAUCAUGUCUUCUCGUGUCAUUAAGAAGGAGGUCUCUCCAGGAGUUGUGGUCGAAGUGGAAGAGUUUUUUGUAAAAUACAAAAACUACUCCUACCUACACUGCGAGUGGGCCACAGAGCAGCAGCUGGUGAAGGACAAGAGGAUUCAGCUGAAGAUCAAACGCUUCAAGAUGAAACAAGCACAGAGGGCACUCUUCUUUGCAGAUAUGGAGGAGGACGCCUUCAACCCUGACUAUGUAGAGGUAGACAGAGUGCUGGAGGUGUCGUAUUGUGAAGACAAAGACACAGGAGAGGAGGUGGUGUACUACCUGGUGAAGUGGUGCUCUCUGCCUUAUGAGGACAGCACCUGGGAACUAAAGGACGACGUCGAUCAGAGCAAGAUUGAAGAGUUUGAGCGGCUGCAGGCAGUCAAGGCAGACUCGCGCAGGGUGGAGCGACCCCCCGCCAAUCUGUGGAAGAAGAGGGAGCAGUCGAGGGCAUACAGGAAUGGCAACAGCCUCAGGGAUUACCAGCUAGAAGGGGUCAACUGGCUCCUCUUCAACUGGUACAACAGACGGAACUGCAUCCUGGCAGAUGAGAUGGGCCUGGGAAAGACCAUCCAGUCCAUCACAUUCCUAGAGGAGAUCCACCGUGUGGGCAUCAAGGGGCCGUUCCUCAUUAUCGCUCCGCUCUCCACCAUUGCCAACUGGGAGCGCGAGUUCCAUACCUGGACCCACCUCAAUGUGAUCGUCUACCACGGGAGCAUGGUCAGCAGGCAGAUGCUCCAACAGUAUGAGAUGUAUUUCAGGGAUGCACAGGGCCGUGUGAUCCGAGGGGCCUACAAGUUCCGGGCUGUCAUCACCACAUUUGAGAUGAUCCUGGGGGGCUGUCCCGAACUCAACGCCAUAGAGUGGCGCUGUGUUAUCAUCGAUGAGGCCCACCGCCUCAAGAACAAGAACUGCAAGCUGCUGGAGGGCUUCAAGCUCAUGAACCUGGAGCACAAGGUCCUGCUGACUGGCACUCCUCUCCAGAACACGGUGGAGGAGCUGUUCAGCCUGCUCCACUUCCUGGAGCCUGCACGCUUCCCCUCAGAAAACACCUUCAUGCAGGAGUUUGGAGACCUUAAGACUGAGGAGCAGGUGCAGAAGCUUCAGGGCAUCCUGAAGCCCAUGAUGCUGCGCCGGUUGAAGGAGGAUGUGGAGAAGAAGUUGGCUCCCAAAGAGGAAACCAUCAUCGAGGUUGAGCUCACCAAUAUUCAGAAGAAGUACUACCGUGCCAUUCUGGAGAAAAACUUCUCUUUCCUGGCCAAAGGAGCUGGCCAGGCAAAUAUGCCCAAUCUGGUCAACACUAUGAUGGAGCUGAGAAAGUGCUGCAACCACCCCUACCUCAUCAAAGGGGCAGAAGAGAAGAUCCUCGAGGACUUCAGGGAAGUUUAUAGCCCCACUGCCAUCGACUUUCACCUGCAGGCCAUGGUGCAGUCGGCCGGGAAGCUGGUCCUCAUCGACAAACUGCUGCCUAAGAUGAAGGCCGGAGGGCACAAGGUGCUCAUCUUCUCCCAAAUGGUGCGCUGCCUGGACAUCUUGGAAGACUACCUCAUUCAGAGAAGGUACUUGUACGAGCGGAUAGAUGGACGUGUUCGUGGGAAUCUGCGGCAGGCCGCCAUCGACCGCUUCAGUAAGCCUGACUCGGACCGCUUUGUUUUCCUACUGUGUACAAGAGCCGGUGGGCUGGGAAUCAACCUCACAGCAGCUGACACCUGCAUCAUCUUUGACUCUGACUGGAACCCACAGAACGACCUGCAGGCCCAGGCUCGCUGCCACCGGAUUGGUCAGAACAAGGCAGUGAAGGUCUACCGUCUGAUCACCAGGAACUCGUACGAGCGAGAAAUGUUUGAUCGCGCCAGUCUCAAGUUGGGUCUGGACAAAGCAGUGUUGCAGAGCAUGAGUGGCCGAGAUAACAGCCUGGGAGGAGGCGCCGGGGGAGGGGCAGUGCAGCAGCAGCUGUCGAAGAAGGAGAUAGAGGAUCUGUUGCGACGUGGUGCUUAUGGGGCCAUCAUGGACGAGGAGGACGAAGGGGCAAAAUUCUGUGAGGAGGACAUCGACCAGAUCCUCCAGCGCAGGACAAAGACCAUCACCAUUGAGUCUGAGGGACGGGGAUCCACCUUCGCUAAGGCAAGUUUUGUGGCAUCUGGAAACCGCACAGACAUUUCUCUGGAUGACCCCAACUUCUGGGACAAGUGGGCCAAAAAGGCUGACCUUGAUAUGGAUAUGGUCAAUGGCAGAAACAGUUUGGUGAUCGAUACUCCUCGUGUCAGAAAACAGACGAGGCCGUUCAGCGCCACCAAGGAUGAGCUGGCAGAGCUUUCAGAGGGAGGGAGCGACAGCGACGACACCAAACCUAAGCUCCGGCGAAACCACGACCGCCUCAACAGCUACGGACGCACGGAGUGCUUCAGAGUGGAGAAGAACCUGCUUGUAUAUGGGUGGGGUCGUUGGAAGGACAUUCUCAACCAUGGGCGUUUUAAGAAGCAGCUUACAGAGAGGGAUGUGGAGUCAAUCUGCAGGGCUCUACUCUCCUACUGCCUGGUCCAUUACCGUGGAGACGACAAAAUCAAAAGCUUCAUGUGGGACCUGAUUGCCCCUACGGAGGACGGACAAACCAAGGAGCUGCAGAAUCACCUGGGUUUAUCUGCCCCAGUCCCUCGGGGCAGGAAGGGUAAGAAGAUGAAGACACAGUCCAGCUCUUUUGACAUCCACAAAGCCGAGUGGCUUAGGAAACACAACCCAGAGCACAUGCUUCAGGACGACGGCUACAAAAAACACCUCAAACACCACUGCAACAAGGUGCUGCUCAGGGUCAGAAUGCUCUACUACCUGAAACAAGAGGUGAUAGGAAGCCAGGCCCAGAAUGUGCUAGACGGCGUGGACUCCAGUGAGAUAAAGAUUUGGGUUCCAGAUCCCGACCAUUCAGAGCUGCCAGCCCUGUGGUGGGAUGCUAUCUGCGACAAGUGUCUGCUGCUGGGUAUUUAUAAGCAUGGUUAUGAGAAGUACAACACCAUCCGUGCAGACCCUACCCUGUGCUUCCUAGACCGCGUGGGACGACCGGAUGAGAAGGCCAUCGCUGCUGAACAGAGAAGCAAUGAUUUUAUGGAUGGGGAUGUGGAUGAUCCAGAAUACAAGCCUGCUCCAGCUCUGCUGAAGGACGAGAUGGAGGAUGAUGCCUCUUCUCCUGGAGACUUAGUUGUCACUGACAACGCUGGAGAUGCAGCUCCAGUGACUGAAGGUCAAACUGCCUUCUGGCCCUCGUCCCCGGUGUUGACAGCCCGGCUGAGGCGUCUGAUCACAGCCUCCCAGCGCUUCACCAAGAGCCGGCAGAUCCUCAGCAUCCACCAGGCUCAAUCUCAGUCACAGUCCCAGCCGACCAUGAUACUGGCUGCUCCGCUUUGCCCACUGCCCCCUACACUCAACGAUACCCUCAAUCCCAAAAUGGCUGCUAAGAUUGAACGCCAGCAAAGGUGGACCAGGCGAGAAGAAGCUGACUUCUACCGGGUGGUCUCCACUUUUGGUGUCGUUUUUGACCCAAACCUUGGCCGGUUCGACUGGACCAAGUUCAGGGCCAUGGCUCGGCUGCACAAGAAGACCGACGAGAGCCUGCAGAAAUACCUGUGUGCUUUUGCCGCCAUGUGCCGACGGGUGUGCCGCCUGCCGCCCAAAGAGGGAGACUCUGCGGCGGACCCGUCUCUCACCAUCCAGCCCAUCACGGAGGAGCGAGCCUCCCGCACCCUGUACAGGGUAGAGCUGCUUCGCCAGGUGAGGGAACAAGUCCUUCGACAUUCGUCGCUCUAUGAGCGCCUCCCGCUGUGCCAGAUGAGCUCUGACUUGCCCGUCUGGUGGGAAGCGGGUACCCACGACCGGGACCUGCUAGUUGGUGCGGCCAAGCACGGCGUGAGCCGCACAGAUUACCACAUUCUGAGAGACCCUGAGCUCAGCUUCAUGGCUGCCCAGCGCAACUACAGCCAAACAAAAGGUGCACAGCAGCAAUCACGCACAUCAACCCCACUCCUCCACCCUCAGCACCAGGCCACCAGCUCAGUGUUGACUGGCUCUCCACUGCCUCCGGUGGCCCAGAGAGACACAGAGCCCUGUGGGGUUGUGCCCAAAGUGGAACCCGCCUCAGAGGGGGAGGAGAGCAGGGAGGAGAGCAGGGAGAAUCGAGGCGAGAGCUGGAGCCCCCCUCGAGCGCCAGCUACUCCCACAGGUCUGGAAGAGAAGCCUGUUUUGGAGACGAGGGACAAUGAGAGGCAAAUGGUGGCGGCACGAACCAAACCCCUCACACCCAACUCCUCAGAGAGGAAACCCAAGAAGGCCAGCAAGAGGGGCCGCAGGGAGGCCAGGCGUGGCUCAGACUCUCACUCGGGGGGCUCCUCCUCCAGCUCUUCGUCGCGCUCCUCCUCCUCUUCGUCGUCCUCCUCUUCCUCCUCGUCACAUUCCGGGUCCAGCUCCUCCUCUUCUUCUUCAUCUUGCACCUCCGGCUCUUCGUCGUCCUCCUCCUCCUCCUCAUCUUCUUCUGAUGACAGCGAAAGUGAGGGAGAGGAAGGGAAGAAGAAAGUGCCUGCAGCAACGAGUGUAAAGGGCUUUGAUGAGGACAGUGUGGCGUCUCUGAGCACAACACAGGAUGAACUACAAGACACCCACGUGGCUGAGAAUGGCAUCGCCCACAACUCCUCGCAUCCUUUCCAGGGAGGAGGAUACAUGCUCGCUGCGUCCUACUGGCCAAAGGAUCGCGUGAUUAUCAACCGCCUGGACAGCAUCUGCCAGGCAGUGCUGAAGGGCAAGUGGCCGGGAACACGUCGGGUCUAUGAGCCUGGAGGCGCAGUGGCCUCCUUCUACACCACCAAGCUGCUGGACAACGCCAACAGCCUCUGCGAGGACCCCUCUGCCUCGCCUCAGGGGUCAAAGGUGACCAAGCAUGUUGCAGAAAACAAGGAGUUCUCAGUAAAACUCAACGAUGAGGGAGGUCUGAAGUUGACCUUCCAGAAACAGGGUCUACCUCUGAAGAGGCCCCUGGAGUCCGAGGAGGGCCCCCAGGCCCAGCAGCAGUACCUGGCCCGGCUUCACGAACUGCAAAGCGCCUCGGACACGGGCCUGGCUGACAUCACCAAGCCUCAGUGCAGCUUUCAGACUGUGCCUCCGGUUCUUACUGGUCAGAUGAGGCUGAACGGCAUACUGGACGGCCAACCCGUCGUCAAGAAGCGAAGGGGAAGGAGGAAGAAUGUCGAGGGAAUGGACCUGCUCUUCAUGAACAGCAGUAGAGUUCCUGCUGUGCCUGAUCAGUUGCCUCCAGGUUGGGGUGGUAUUGGCCAGGUGGGAAUGGCUGCGGCCCCUGCACCAUGCUACAGCCAGAGCUCCAGUCAGGUCCCUGGAGACACUGAGAGCAGGGUCCCGGUCAUCAACCUCAAAGAUGGCACCCGGCUUGCUGGGGAUGACGCUCCCAGGAGGACAGAUCUAGAACAGUGGCUGAAAGAGCACCCAGGCUUUGUAGCUGACACGGGAGCCUAUAUUCCCGGGGUAAAUAAGAUGCAGAUGCAGUUCCACUUCCAGGACGGUCGGCCCAAGCAGAAGAGGCACCGCUGUAGGAACCCCAACAAGAUCGACGUCAACAGCCUGACGGGAGAGGAGAGGGUCCAAAUCAUCAACAGGAGAAAUGCUCGCAAGGUUGGUGGGGCCUUUGCUCCCCCUCUGAAGGAUCUGUGCAGGUUCCUUCAGGAGAACCCAGAGUACGGAGUCCCACCGGAAUGGGCAGAUGUGGUCAAACAGUCGGGCUACCUCCCAGAGAGUAUGUUCGACAGGAUCCUGACCGGACCCAUCGUUCCUGAGGAGGUGAGCCGACGUGGACGCCGGCCCAAGAACCCUCUGGCCAAGGCGUCGGCAUCAGCAGGGUCACCUGCAGCAGCAGCAGCAGCGGCCUCUGCCCUCGGUCUGAACCCCCUGCUGGCCAACGGCCUGCUCUCUGGAAUGGACCUCCCCAGCCUGCAGGCCUUCCAGCAAAACCUCCAGAGCUUACAAUCCCUGCAGCUCACCGCUGGCCUGAUGGGGCUGCCGUCCGAUGCUAGCAACCUGGCCGCAAGCAACUUAGCUGCCAUGUUUCCCAUGAUGCUGUCCGGGAUGGCUGGAUUGCCCAAUCUGCUUGGCAUGAGCAGCAUGCUUGGGAAGCCGGCUCAGGAGGGCACAGGAGGCUUGGAGGAAAAGACAGAGGGAACCAGCAGCGGUGCAGGAGGAGAACCAUCUGCCUCGAAAGCCCCUUCUCACACCUCAGACACCAAAGGAGAAAGGACAGAGAGCUCAAACAUGACUCCUUCCUCCGCCUCCGGCUCCAGUUCCUUCGCCACUGCCCCACAAAGUGCUUCAGCUGCCUCCGCAGCCUCCAGUCACCCACUGUCUCUUAACCCCUUGUUACUCUCCAGUAUGCUUUACCCAGGGAUGCUCCUCACUCCAGGCCUUAACCUCCCUGUGUCUGCCGCACAGCCGCAGGGCUCAAACAGUGACCCCACCUUCCCUCCCGCUCCUCUUCCUUCUCCGUCUGCAGCCUCCAAGUCAUCCCCACGGGAGGCAAGGCAGCCGGCGGCUGCCAGGGAAGAAGAGGAGGAGGAGGACGAGGCGUUAGAAGAGGCUUUGGACAACGAAGAGGAAGAGGACGAGUCGGCUGAACAAAAAGAGAACAGUGGUCCUGAAGGGAAAGCCGAGACGUCUUCAUCCGAGUCCGGGAGCUCGUCCUCCUCCUCAGAUGAUUCAGACUCCAGUGAUGAGGACUGAUCCUUUGAAUAUAUAAUUAUAAAUUUAUUUAUGUAUCGCCUAGAAAUGUAUACAUACAGUAUAUUCACAUAUAUAUGGAUUUUUCCAGCACUUAUGUUGCGAUUUCUUUACAUGUAAAUACAAGAACUAACUAAAAUGUUGUGUAAUAAAGACAAAAACCUUUAAAAAAGGAAAGAAAAAAAAACUGUAAAAAAAAAAGUGACUUAAAAGGAACUGAAAUAAAAUUUCAGUGUUUGUUCACAAGGUACAGUCUUGUUUUGAGACAUUUUGCAUGUCAGACUUGAGUAGAUUUCUGAACUCUGUGAACUUGUACCACGCGAUUAUGUACAAUUGCAACAAAAAAAAGGCAUUAUUGUAAUUAUGUCAGGAUUUAAUUUUAUUAAAAAAGUGAAACUACGUCAACACGCUCGUUGAGCUGUACUAUUAAUAUAUUUUGAUUGUGGGGAACGGGUUUGGGGGGGAAUGACACUUGACAAACACUUUGGUUUCUCUUGUAAAUAUUCAGUACUUUUACAGGUUCGUUGACACUUAUGCUUUGCAGAUCAUGCGUUGGAUAUGUCAGCAAUAACUUGGGCAGCUAAUGAAUGUCACUGAAGCUGUAGAUUCUCUGUCUGCCAUGUUUCCACCCCUAGUGCACAACUCUCGGGCCUCACCCGCCUGUCGCGUGGCUCAUUUUCCUCUCGUUGAUUUUUCGGAAAAAAAGGAAUCGCCCCCGGAAGCCCCUUCUUUCAACAUCGCUGUGAUCUGGGGAGCGAAAGUAUUAUUCUUCAUUUUUUUUAAAUGAAGACCACGAGCUUAAAUCUUUCAAAUAAAAUAAGGAUCAUUAUUUCAUUCUGAGAUUUUCUUUUUCACGUGGAUAUAUGUGAUCUUUGAAACGCUUCACUUUCACCGUCACCUUACAAACAUGUUCCAACAUGUCCAAGGCGCACUUUAGCAACCCCACAGUAGACACACAUGCUCACUCGCACCUCUGUUGAUUGUUUUAUUCUUUUUUUUCUCACAGUGUCAGAGUCUCGUAAACUCACCGAGCUGUGGGGACAGAAAACAACCCUUUUUACUGUGUGCCAAAUAAACUGCCCUUUGACCCGCCGAGGUCCUGGCCGGUGUUUGUGGUGUCCGUUCAGUGGAAAGGUUCAGGAUCUCUCUCGAUGACAUGGAUGAUACUACUACGGCCCCGGCGUAUUUGACUGCAUCUUACCUCAACUGUGCUCAAUGGAUUAGCCUCACUGUGCAAGCGUACAUGUGCGCGGGUGUGUUCUCUCGCUGUCAGUGUGAACAAUGUCCAUGUCGCUGCUGGAAUGUGUGCGUCAGAUGUCAUUUUUUUCCCCCUUGCUUUCGUUCCUUUUCUGCCCCUUCUUCCUACUAAGAGCUUCCACUGCGUGGUUUCGUUUGGCUUGACCUCUCACCUGGUAUCUACGGCUUCCGUACUGUUCCGGUCUGAAUGUCGUGCGUCAAGGAAAAGGAGGGCCUUGUUAGCUAUAGGACUAGUAAAAAAACCUUUAAACGUGACACAUUACAAAUUUGGAGGAAAUCUCAAGUGUCGCGUGCUCACUCUUGUCUCCCAAAAAGUCUUGUAGAAGAUGCAGAGCACAAGCACAGAGUAGUUCCAAGUCCUGGCCAAGGCCGUCGUAAUUUUCAUGGUCAUUUGAAAUAGAUUUCCACGCAGUGCCAGGUGGGGGCGAGUUUCAGGAAGGGCUCAAUAAUAGCAGCUUGUGUCGCCGCGUCACUUUGUCAUUGACCCCGUUCCGCUGAUGACGGGAGGUCCAGCUAGAUGUAGAAGUGCCCUUAUCCUGAACCUCACUGUCCCGCUCACCCUCCCUCUUGUCUAAAGCGAAGCCGCCUCGACCUGUGGCAGCGCGCCCGUGCGUUCUCUUGGUCGUCGGUGCACGUCAUCGUCAGCUGUGACACUGGAAGUUCACUCAUGCCGAAAAUACCUUUUUGUAUAAAAAAACAGAAAAGACUUCUCCUGGCACAGCAGUGCUGGCUCUAGGACUGCUGUUACACAGUGGACUGUUAAGACACGUGUGAUCUCUGAGGGGGGCGGUGGCCUGUGUUUGUUUCGACCGGGGGGACGACUGAAACCCACUGGUCUGGUUAGUUCUGAAGUGUUGUUGUAGCAUUUGUUCUCGAGCGGGUUUUUAAAAACCAGGACCAACCCCCCGCGGUCCGAACACACUGACUGAAGACACGCCUGAGUCUGGUGUUGCUUUUUCUCUUAGUGGUUCCCUUGUAUGCCUGUUCUGUAUAUAGACCCUGUCAUGGGUUUGCUUGCAAUGCAAUUGCAUUUUUUGUUUGUUUGUUUGUUUUAUAUUAUUACUAACAGUAUGGUAUUUUUCUAUAUGUCCAAGCAAAGAACUUAUACAUGCCACUGUCAUUUUUUUUGUAUAUCUGCGCCUCUGCUCUCUUAAAACUCGUAGUGCCCUUAAGCAAACGCCCAGCCACUGCUACUCCCGCUGUAGGUGACUUUAAUGACCUUUGCUACUUUCUGUUGACUCACAGUGAUGGACUGAUGGACUGACGACUGUGCUGAGCCUCCUUAGGACACGCAUGGCAAAACAGUAGAGAAAAGAAACGUUAAGAUUGGACUCUUUGCUUUAAUUUUACUAGUUUCUGUUUUGUUUUUAGGUUGUCCUGUACCAGGAGUCCAAAAGCACUGCUACCACUGCAGAAGCAGUGCUAAACCUGCGUUACACACACGCACACACACACACACACACACACACACACACACACACACAAGUAAACAAUGACCAAUAUGCAAGAGGAAUCACAAAACACACUACUGCUGUACAGGGAGGUCUUUGUUCAGACUUCAUACAUCUUAUCACUGACAUGACAAAACUAGAUUUUGAUUUUUUUUUUUCAAUUUUUGUUUGUUUUUUUCAGCUUGGUAAUAUCCUAAAUGUCACCCUGGUCAGUUUUUUUUUGUCUUUUGAUUUCUUUUUGUUUUUUCAUUUUUUUUCAUUGGACAGUUGUAAUAUUUGCAAGUUGUGGUCUGUGUAGUCGAAAAUAAUUCUCUAUGUAGUGCAGGAAAACACGUCUUAAAAGUCAUUUGUAAUUUAUUGGAUUACUUUCUAUGAAGUUCUAUAGAGGAAAUUGAGGUUUAAUUAUUUUUAUUAAACAUAUUCUUCUGACUAUC